AUGGCGGCAAAAAGGCAAAAAAUUGCUGAUUUGCUCCACGCCCAUGUGCCAGUCAAGCAGAUUUGCGAGAUUGUUGACUGCAAGAAGACACUUGUUUAUGACGUGAGGAGGAUGGUGAAGGAAGGCAAAAGCCUUGAGAGAACCAAGGGAAGUGGUGGCCACAACAAAAUCAUCACAGACAACUUUUUGAACGAUCUCCACUGCAAAAUCGAGGCUGAUCCAAGCAGAUCCAUCAGGAAGUUGGCCAAGGACCUCAAUGUGAGCAGGAUGACCGUCCUCAGGGCUGUAGGACAGCUUGGUCUCAAGUCCUAUGUGCGCAGAAGACGCCAGCUCUUAUCAGAAUCCUCCAAGAACAGCAGGCUGGAACGUGGCAAGAUCUUGAUCAAUCAGCUCAAGAAGAAGCCAAGGUCCACUGUCCUGGUCUUCUCAGACAAGAAGAACUGGACAGUGGACCAAGCUAGGAAUGCCAGAAACGAUCGAUUUUUGGCCUAUUGUGUUGAUGAGGUGCCUUGCAUCAACCAGACUAAGCAUCCAGCAUCAGCCAUGAUGCUGGGAGUUGUAUCCUCAGAUGGCAAAAGGAUGCCCCCUUACUGGUUCCCCAAGGGGCUCAGGGUGGGGGCCAAAGAGUACUUGGAGGUCAUGCAGGAGGUGGUCAAACCUUGGCUUGAUGCCACCUAUCCUGACAACAAUUACAUCUGGCAGCAGGACUCUGCUCCUGGUCACAAGGCAAAGGUGGUCCAGACAUGGUGCAAGGACAAUUUGGCAGGAUUCUGGCCUUCCAACUUUUGGCCCCCAUCAUCUCUGGACUGUGCACCCCUGGAUUAUGGCAUAUGGGGCUAUGUAGAGUCCAAGGCAUGUGCCACUCCUCACAGUAGUGUGGAUGCCAUGAAGGCUGCUGUUGAGAGAGAGUGGGCUGCCAUGGAUGAGGAGUAUGUCUCCAGGGUCUGCAGAUCAUUCAGGCCUAGGCUUGAGGCCAUGGUGGAGGCUGAGGGAGGCCACUUUGAGGUUUGA